AUGUCUUUAUCUACUCAGAGACGACUAUUUACCAGUCUCGAUGGUAUCGACGAUAUUCGAGCCAGAGAAGUUUUGCAUCGCACAGAAACAUGCAAUAUUGUCAUUUUUGGAGAAACAGGAGCUGGCCUCACUGACUUCAUAGCAGGUCUUUAUGAGGGCUCUAAAGGAACGGUCCCCAACGAGGAGGCUCAAAAAGUUCUGAAGAAGCUCCUUCGAAACCUUGCGGAGCAGGAUGGCAUUCACCUCCUCAUAUACUGCGUGCAGGGUACGAGAGAGAGCACGGCGUAUCCACCCGCAAAACGGUCCAAAGGAGGUGUCGGUUUCGAACCUUGCUUGUUAAUUUUUUAUGUGGACAAGAACGAGUCUGUCAAUAUGCAGAGAACGGAAGUGCAGAAGGUUCGCAAGGUCUACGCGAAAUCCAAGGUCGGCUUAGUUGUUGUGGUCUGCGGCUGCGACAGUGAUGAAGAUGCGAAAGGAUGGUGGGAGGGGUCAAAUGACACUGGCAAGGACUCAUUGUUAGCCCCAUCCAUUACCUUCACUUGCUUACCUCGAGAUGGGUCGGAACGUUCGGAGAGUGCUCAAGAAACACUCCAAAAGUUGAUUUGGGAGCUAUCUCGCACUGGAGAACCUUGUACUUCUGUGGUCCGAGACCUUCUCAAUCGUGUAUUGGGGUAUCUCAUAAGAGUAGUCUAG